GUUAUUUUGAAUUGUUCUGCAUUACCCUGCCUCUUACACUUGUUAGGUAGCCCAAAGGAGUCAAUUAGAAAAGAAGCCUGUUGGACUAUCUCUAACAUCACUGCUGGAAACAGAGCUCAGAUUCAGGCUGUUAUAGAUGCAAGUAUUUUUCCUAUUUUGAUUGAGAUUCUUCAGAAAGCAGAAUUUCGCACUAGAAAAGAAGCAGCAUGGGCAGUAACUAAUGCCACCUCAGGAGGCACUUCAGAGCAAAUAAGGUAUUUGGUAACCUUAGGCUGCAUUAAACCACUUUGUGACCUUUUGACUGUUAUGGACUCCAAAAUAGUUCAAGUGGCUUUGAAUGGACUUGAAAAUAUUUUACGUCUUGGAGAACAAGAAUCUAAACAGAAUGGAGUGGGUAUCAAUCCGUACUGUGCUCUCAUUGAAGAAGCAUAUGGCUUGGAUAAAAUUGAGUUUCUGCAAAGCCAUGAAAAUCAGGAAAUUUACCAAAAGGCUUUUGAUCUGAUUGAACACUAUUUUGGUGUCGAAGAAGAUGAUUCUAGCAUUGUACCUCAGGUGGAUGAAAACCAACAACAAUUUGUGUUUCAGCAGCAGGAAGCACCAAUGGAGGGGUUUCAACUCUGAGUGGUAGAGAAAAGUUAAUGACUAAAAUGAGGAGCUUCUGAUGCCACCUCCAUGUGCCCAGUGUGGGCAGAAAUGUUCUUUACAUAGGAACAACAGAAAAGAAAGAAAGAAUCUGAUGCACUUUAAUAAAAGCGCAAAACUGAAACGAGUUUUCAUUUAGAUGCACUCUUUCUUUGCAGCUUUCUGUUUGUUGUUUUCAUUGUUUGGUGUAGCUGUAUUUGUCUUCAGUUAUUUGGGUUCUUGUAUCUAUUUGUGAAUAAAUACAUUAUGCAAUUAUUUCACUUAAGCUUGAAAAGGAGAACUUGAUCAGUAAUCCAUAAUGGUUCUGAAUUUUUCAGGUAUUCUUGGAAACUCCACAAUAACAGUGUAACUGUCUAUGGAUAAUUGCAUUUUGGCAGUAAGUCUGACAUGCCCAAUCCCUAUUAAAUCUACCUCUGUCUUGAAGCAAAAAUAAAAACAAAAAGCUUCAGAAGCAUGAAAUCAUAUAAAAGCUGAAUUAGAAUGUGAAAAUAUGUAUUACUUUAUAUUAUAAAUCACUGUGCUUUACAAAAACGUGCAGCAGAAAACCUGUAGAAUUUAUUUAUAAAACAGAAAUAUUGUAUUGAUAGUUGAAAUGUGGCAAUUAGGAAGAGAGCUGUUCAUGUUGAACACAUUGAAAAGACUAUAAAGUAUUUAAAUAUUUGUGUUUUUCACAUAAAAUACUAUUAUACUAGUAUAUUUUAUAUUUCAACUAAAUGUGCUACCCAUUUUGGAAUAGUGUUUAUUUUCAUUCUUCAUUUUAAAGAGAAUCAUAACAGAGAGGUGAUCAUGAAUCUAAAAUAGUGCUGCAUAUCCAAAACUGUAAUUAUUUCCUCUGAUUUUUCAGAGGAAUCAUUGAAACAUCAUUUUAUUCUCUGUAUAGUAAUGAAUGACAAAAAGUAUACUGAUGAAAUCACCUUAUGUAUUAAAUUUUAUUAAAUGCGUUUAUUUAAUGUUUGGAUUAAAUAAGUGAUAUCAGUGAAAACUGCUAAGGAUUCUUUAAUGUGUAGAAGUCUAUUAGGAAUAUUUUCUGUUAUAAUACACAGGGUUAUACUGCUGCUUUUUAUGAAUCAUUGUAUUCGAUGACAUUGACAGCAGAUUGGUCAAUCUAAUUCGUGUUUGGAGUUAACAGCAGCAAUCUCUUCAAAUUAUAAAAGUUUAAAAGGUUUCAGUAGAAAAUAUAAAUAUUAUGUAUAUGUGUGUUAUUUUCUGCUUGGUAGAAUUUUCUAAGCAGAUGGGGUGUUGUUGAACUCGAUCUUUUAAUUUAGUUAUAUACAGGCUAUGUAUAUUUCCAAUUAUAUACUUAGAAUACUUACAUAAUAAUUUACAACUCUUUUAAGAUGGGAACUAAAACAAUUUUGAUAUGAUUCAUAGUCUAUUCUGUAAUGUUUCUGCUGGAAAUCAGAGGCAUGUUAUAAGAGGAAGAUGUAUAUAGGAGUACUUUUAAAUAAUAUAACACUUUGUACACAAUAUAUCAUGAAACUAAGCUUUUGGCAAGACACUUAAAACAUACAAUCAUAAAAUCCAGGUUUCAGUGUCUGUAAUGCUGACUGCACCUGCCAACCCUUUUAUACUGUUAAGUAGAAGACUGUCUGUGCCCCUUUUGUUGUAAUGGAGGUUACAGAGCUCAGUAUACAACAUUCUCCUUUUGCAUUAUAUGCAUUCAAAAAAACAGGGUAGUGAUAUUAAAGAUUACCAAAUCGAUUGUGAAUUUCUCAGACAAACACUGUUUUAAUAGUGCUGAUGGUUCUAAGUAUAAGGCAACCAGGGUAGUUACUCUUUCUAGUCAGUUGGACUUGUUGAUGCAGCAUAAAUCAUAAACUAGCCAGCUGUGCCUGCUUUUGAGGACCCCAUAGUCACUAUAACAAAUCUCUAAGCUCCAUCUUCCAAAAAAUAGUUCUUAGAAAAAUUAUGUAUAUAUGUAUGUGUGCACAUGCAGGCACACAUAGAAUGACCUAUAAAGGAGAUUUUAGAAUGUGCCAGUGAGACAAAUGUAUUUCUAAGUUCAGAAUCUGAUUAUACUUUCAGUAUUUAAAUGCAAAUUUAAUUUUUUGUAUCUGUGUCUUUACAUAAUCAGUUUGAUUAGAGUUGAGUACAAAAGAUAUUGGCCCCACUUUAGGCUUGGUGGUUUUUAUUGGACCAAGAAUAAGAGAUGCUUUGUAAGUGUGCCAUUUGAAAUGCCGAAAAAUUUGUUUUCACCUUUAAUGUCCCUUGUGAAAUAACUUAGUAAUUUGCUUUUCUGAUGUUUAUGACAUUUACAUAUGAUAGAUACUAUGCCAUAUAAAAAUAUGUUUUAGAGAAUGCAUACAGCAUUAAUACAAAUACCAAGAAAAUACUUGAAAGAGUUCAUUUCAUUUAAUUAAAUUUGGUGUUUUGUUUGAACUUGAAUUUCCACUGGUUGAACUAUGCAAUCAUGCUUACUUGUUUAUAAAUACUUGACUUACUGACCUGGAUUUUUGUUAUUUGUUUCUGCUAUACAUUUUAAUUUGAAAGGUUAGUCUAACCUAGUUUUUAGUGUUCUUAAUUUUUAGUGUUGUUCGUCACUUACUGAUAGCACCAGAACAAAGGUUUUGUUUUUUGUGUUGUUUUAAAGUAUAAAAUGUGCUGGCACAGAAAUAACUUCUAAACAUUUGGUAAUUGUAAAACCUGUUUGCAGUUAAAGAGGCUGCUUCACUCGGUGAAGAACUAAAUGGAGCAUUUAUUACCUCUGCUUUUUAUAGUCUUUCUUCUCUUAUAAAGGAGCAUUAUGGAAAAAGUAAAGAUAAAAAUGUCCUAGUGGAUUUCUGUUGGUGUUCUAAACUCAGCAUCCUACUACUGGUUGCUUAAUUGUGAAACUGUGAAAUAAAACUUUUAUUCAUCUCAGUUCAUAGCACUACUAUUUUAUGAAAUCUAACAUGUGAGGAGCCAGUGUAGUAGGGCUCUGAAAGGCUAGUGUCUCCCUCAGUCCUGAUUGGAACGCGGAAUGAGAUGAGGAUAUUCUUAUCUAAGUGAAUCAACAUUGGAGUAUUAUGCAAUAUAUGAAAUGUUACACUGUAUCAAACAUAAUAAAAUACUAUUUUACAGUUGUA